CGCCUUAAAGGCACGUUCGUCAGCCAGUGCAGCAGACAUCCACCACCUCAGGAGCCACACCACUCUCUACCUGAGCGCUCGAAUCCUAUCGAGCCGAGAGAGCCAAGCAGCCCUCGUCGUGCUCGCCUUGCCUUGCCAAUAGAUAGAUAAUGGCGGCCGCGGCAGGCGACGAGAGGAAGAAGACGGCGUGCGUGACCGGGGGGAACGGGUACAUCGCGUCGUUGCUCAUCAAGAUGCUGCUGGAGAAGGGAUACGUCGUCAAGACGACGGUCAGGCACCCCGAGGACAAGGAGGCCAACUCCCACCUCGAGGACCUCAAGAAGCUCGGCACACUGGAGGUGUUCCGCGCCGACCUGGCCGAGGAAGGCAGCUACGACGCCGCCGUCGCCGGCUGCGACUACGCCUUCCUCCUCGCCGCCCCGGUCAACUACACGUCCAAGAAUCCCGAGAAAGAGCUGAUCGAGCUCGGUGUCCAAGGCACGCUCAACGUCCUGCGGUCCUGCGUCAAGGCCGGCACGGUGAAGCGCGUGAUCCUGACCUCCUCGACGGCGGCGGUCUCCAGCAAGCCGCUGGAAGGCGACGGGCACGUGCUGGACGAGGAGUCCUUCUCCGACGUCGAGUACCUCUCCGCCAAAAGGACUGGCCUCUGGGCGUACCCGGUGUCCAAGGUGCUCCUGGAGAAGGCGGCGACCAGGUUCGCGGCGGAGCACGGCAUCAGCCUGGUGACCCUGUGCCCGUCCGUCACCGUCGGCGAGGCGCCCGACCGGCAGGUGUACACCACCGUCCCCGCCAUCCUCUCCCUGCUGUCCGGCGACGAGGCGGAGCUGAAGGUGCUCAAGGGCAUCGAGAGGGCCUCAGGCUCGGUGCCGCUCGUGCACGUGCGCGACGUCUGCCGCGCCGAGAUCUUCGCCGCCGAGGCGGAGGCCGUCGCCGGCAGGUACAUCUGCAACGGCCUCGACACGACCAUCCUCGAGAUGGCCCGCUUCCUGGCGGCCAAGUACCCGCAGUACAACGUGAACACGGACAUCUCCGGCGACCUCCUGGCGAAGCCGGUAGCGCUGCUGCCGUCGACGAAGCUGGAGAAGGCGGGGUUCGAGUUCAAGUUCAGGACGCUGGAGCACAUCUACGACGACAUGGUGGAGUACGGCAAGGCCCUUGGGAUCCUGCCCAACUCAUGAGAGUGUUAGGUGUGCUGCGCCGUCCGUGUGUGCUUGGGUCGGCGAUCUAGCAGUACCCACCGCAAAAUAAGUCCGUGUCCGUGCUUUUUGUCACGUCAGGACGCAAAAUAAUUGCGGGUGGCUUGAGUGUAUCUCUUCUUUCUAUCUUUUUUUUUUUGCCCUUUUUGAGACGAAGUUUGAAUGUUAGCUCGUGUGUUCCCUUUGAGAUGUGAGAUCGAUUAAGAACUA